CAUACGAUUAAAGGAAUAUUCGAUUGAUUAACCUCAAUAAUAGAAUAAUAUUAAGGGACUCUUAAAAGUCUAGUUUUAUUAAUAAUUUAAUCGGUUUUUUGUUAUACUUGUAGUUUAAAUUCAAUUCCUUUGUAGUUUGUUCGUGUUUACAGUGUCAUAAUUAUUUAAGUUGUGUAUAUUGUUAUUUGGUUAAGUUUUCCCAAUAAAACAACAAAUCUUGAAUAUUUCGUGAAACUAAGAAGUCAAACUCAUGAUAAUCGACCAUACUCAUUUUGUUAAAUAGUGUUUAUAAUUAUAUUGAAUUCUAUUUACAAUAAUGAGUAAAGAAAAAGAGAGCAUCACUUUGUUAAAUAUAAGAAGUAUGGAUGAGCUAAACAGUGAAGACAGUUACGACGGUACAUUAGUUAUUGAUGAGAAAAUCAUUGAUUAUGAAACCAUUGAGUUAUCUGAUGAUUCUGAUGCAGAACUCGGCAUGGCUGAUUUUAAUGAUAUCAAAGUAAUUUCUUCUAGUUCAGAAAGUUCAACAGAUACAGAUCAAUCACUUACAUGCUCACAUUGUUCGAAAUUAUUUUCUGACAAAGAAUCUCUUUAUAAUCACAUUAGUACAUAUCAAGGUGGCUGUAAUACCGAGCUAUAUAAAAAUGUUAAAAAAAGACGUAAGGGACAAGAGCCAAAAGCAAAACCGGCCAUUGUUAAAAAGGGACGCAAAAGAUCACCGAAAAACUUUUUUUUUAAUGAUGUUCCUAAAGCUAUUCCAUUAGGUUCACAAACUUCACCAAUUAUGUCUAACCAAAACCCAACUAAUGAGAGUUCAAUGCCAUCAUUACGUCAAAUACUCAUUGAAGAAAUAGAGCCAGAGUAUCCAUGUUCAGUGUGUGGUCAAGUAUUCCGUCAUAAUAUAGCAUUGAUAUUUCAUUCAAAUACUGUUCAUAAGGAAGUAGAUGGUGAGGAUAUAAGUACUAAGCAAAAACCGAUAAACAAAAUGGUUAGGAAGAAAAAAAAUUGUAAAGACAGUGUGAUUAAGCCUCAGAAAACCGUAGAAGUUAGUGAGCCAAUUUCAGAUAAAAUUGAUUUAACAUUACUUCCUGAUUUUAAAAAAGACACAGUAAUAAAUAGAAUAAAAUCAUAUAUACACAGUAGUAGCAAAGACCAGGCAAUUUGCAUUUUAUGCAAUGUAGACUUCAAAACAACUAAAAAGGCUAUGGCUCACGUUGAAGAUAAACAUAUUUUGGAAAAGUUUGAGUGUGGCUAUUGCAAUAUGAAAUUUGUAUAUGAGCUUAAAUUGCGCAGCCACAUGGCAAAGAGGCACAAAGUAAUUGUUGUUGACAGAUGUAUAAAAUGUUUGAAAAUGAUAAGCAAAGAAGAGUGUGAAUCACAUUUAAAUAAAUGUAAAGGUAACGAAAAAGUACUGCAAAUUAAAAAAGAGACUGACCAAAGUGUGACAAACGAAAACUAAAUUUGAUGUUUCAAUAGUAAGUGCUUUUCAACUUUACAAAUUAACAUAUUACAGAUAUAAUUAGUUCAUACCCAUUUAAUAGAUAUAGUAGAUAAUACAUCCAUGUAAGUGAUUAUCUCUAAAAAAAAACAAAAAGAUACUUUCAAACCGGAUAUGCAAAAUUACCUAUAUGUUGAAAACUAUAAUCCAAAAAAUGGGCCCUUUUCUGAUACUGGUAUAUAUAUAUAAAUAAACUAGUAUCUGUGGAUAUAAAUUUUACAGACCAUAAUAUAGUCUGUUAAAAAAAUGUAUUACAGACUACUAAUCAAUAGGGCUAAGAACUAAUUGACUUAAAACAUUAAAAAAAAAAUGUACUAUAUAAUCGCCUUAAAAAUCUUUUAUUUAUAUGUUGGUAUUGAAUACAAAAAUAAAAAAAACAUUUAAAGGAAUUUAUUAAUUAAUUUAUAAUUAUUAUUUAAAUAGCUCAAAGCUGGGACUAAUAUCGUGUUACCUAUCUGUAAAUUACAAACAUUUAU